AUGUCCGCUGAGCACGAGAACGGCACCCCAGUGCCACCGCCCGAGGCCGCCCCAGGCGCCGAGCACCUGAAUAUCAAAGUCAGCGACAACAACAACGAGAUCUUCUUCAAGAUCAAGCGCACCACCAAGCUCGAGAAGCUCAUGACCGCGUUCUGCGAGAGGCAGGGGAAGUCCAUCAGCUCCGUCCGGUUCCUGUUUGAGGGCACCCGCGUGCAGCCCUCCGAUACACCGGAAGCCUUGGAGAUGGCGGAUGGCGAUCAACUAGACGUCCAUCAGGAACAGGUCGGCGGAUGGUAA